UCAUUCGCUAACCUUUGUCCUGGAAAGAGCAUAAUCGGAUCGGUGUUGUGCAGCCAGACAGACAGACACGCAGACGGUUGAGUUUGACCUUUUUCUUCCUUUGAGGCGUUUAUCGAUUGGAGUGACGUUUUUCUUUCGGGGAGUUGAUUAGCGAAAAGCUAGACGCUUACUGAAUCGACGGAUUUCGUGACUCCCUGUGAAAUAUAGGUACAACCGCGACGUCCAUCUAAGCAUAGCACAGGUUGCCCGCAGCUGUCUUCGUGUGAGGAACAACCGAUACCAGGUUGAAAAUAAAAUACAAAAUAAAUCAAAUACAACGACUGAACUCCCCCACCCGAUCCGAGAAUCCGAUACUAGCUAGCUAGCACCGAGCAGCAGCACGAUGGAUGAAACGAAUAGGAAUAGUGCGAAGCUAGAUAUCGAAGCGGCCAGACUGCAGUCUGCGGCCGACGACAAGGACAAACAGCAACAGGAAGCGAAGGAAACCUACAAGAAGCUUUCCGAAUCGGAAGUAGAACAGCAGAAUCCAGUUGUAGCAGCACCUCCAGCAGCGGACACUAACGGAGGAAACGCGAUGGUUCGCGAGAACGGAAACUUCAAGGAUGGCGAGGACGAGAAGAUGUUGAACGGAGGCGGAGGUGACGGGGAGAAGGAAAAGCUGGCCCAGAAGGACGUCGAGGUUAAGUUCAUCUCCGAAUCCAACGGGGACGCCCGGAUCGAUAUGGAGGUGGAAAAUCAGCAAACCUUCUCCGGUAUGACCAAGGAGGAGCUGAUGAAGUUCGCCAACGAUCCGUUCUGGAUCCGGUUGCGAUGGUUCCUGUUCGUCCUGUUCUGGGGCCUCUGGGUGGCCAUGCUGGUCGGCGCCGUCUACAUCAUCAUGGAUGCACCGAAGUGUGCCGCCCCGGUUCCCCUGACCUGGUACGAGGAAGGGCCUCUGAUCCAGCUGGGCGAACAGCAGAACUACCAGGCCCAGGUUGACGAAAUCCGAAAGUACGGCGCCAAGGGUGUCAUCUAUGAGCUGCCGGCCGACCAGACCUACUUCGUGGACACACCGGAAGUCGAGGCCAAAAUCAAGGAACUAGUUGGAACAUUCGGAUCCAAGGACAUCAAGGUAAUCCUGGAUGUAACUCCCAACUUUGUCACCGGCCAGGACCAACUGUUCAAGGAAGCCUCGGCUCAGGAAGAUUCUCCGUCUCGGGCGGCCUUCGUCUGGAAGCAAUCGGGCAAACCGCCGACCAACUGGCUGGCCCUGGAUGGCGAUUCGGCUUGGCGCGAAGUCGGUUCCUCCCAUGUGCUGGCCCAAUUCGGACCGGACCGGUACGAUCUGCAGCUGGGCAAUGCCGUCGCCAAGGAUAAGCUCAAGGGUGUUUUGGGUCAUCUGGCUCGUUUGGGAGUGCGUGGUUUCCGGCUGAGCAAUGCCAAGCAUUUUGUUAUUGACGCCGAUGGAAAGGAUGACGUUAAUGCCGAUGUUGCCGACAAAAGUCUGACUCUGAAGGAUUACGGUUUCUGGACCCACUCCCAUACCACGUAUCAAGAUGGUUUGGGUGCACUGUUGCAGGAACUGGCUGCCGAAGUUAGGAACGCUACCAACGAUGAAGGAUUCCUCUCGGUUAGCGAAGAUAUCGUUCGACCGGAAGCGUUUGCCGCUGGCGGUAAACUUGGUGUGGAUCUACCGGAGUUCGGAAACGUCGAAGAAGUUCUUCAACAGGCUGGAGAGUCCGGUGCAGCUGAUGCAGUUAGGGAAGCUGUCCAGCGAGCUUACGUUGAAAUCAACAAGUACAGCUCCCCAUCGGGUGGCAAGUCUUGGAUCCAGUGGCCCUUCACCAGACUGUCCAACGUUGGAGCCUCCGAGUACAGCAUCUUCACAUUCCUACUUCCGGGCGUUCCAGUUGUCCCACUGGACGUUCUCAACUUUGGAGAAAAGAGUCAUGCCACUAUUGAGCAAUUGGAAAAAUUCCGUGCUUCUCCAACCUGCCAACACGGAUCGUUCGAUAUCUACAAAGAUGCCAACGGGACUUCCGUUGGCUACACUCGGGAAAAAUCGGGCAAUCCAGGCUUCCUGGUAGCGCUUAAUCUGGCCGAUCAGGACGUUCAAGCCGACUUCAGCGCUGUCGACGGCAUUGCCGAGGAGCUGACGGUCGUCCUAACCAGUGACCACUACAAUGUGACCGAUAUCGGCGUGAAGAGCAAAGUCCCGGCGAAGGCCGUCCCGCUGUCCAAGGGUGCGGCCCUGGUGGCCACCUAUGUGCCCAAAUCGAAGGAGAAGUAAAAAUAUUGAGGCGCGAUCAAUAUACCUUCUACCGAACAACCUACAUGCUGCUAAUAGCACUGCUUGAAUGUUUUGAAGAAAAAAAAUAAAAGCUUAAACAUUAUCUCCUCAUGUCGAUAAACAAAAAUAAAUAUCAUAGCUUAUCGAUUUACUAUGCUUUGUUCAUGUAGCGUGUUGUAUCUCAGAAAAAAAACUACGAAAGUAUGAGAUGAAUCAGAAAAAAUAGUUGUUGCAAAACGAAA